GGAGGGGAGGGUUGCGCGCGUACGAGCGCGUGUACGUGCGCGUGCACGGCGGGAGUCUCUUUGUGCGGGCGGCGAGAAAUAACACACAAUAACGAUGGCGGACGAGAAGCCCAAGGAGGGUGUGAAGACUGAGAAUAAUGACCACAUUAACCUGAAGGUGGCCGGACAGGAUGGCUCGGUGGUGCAGUUCAAAAUCAAGAGGCACACGCCGCUCAGCAAACUCAUGAAAGCGUACUGCGAGAGACAGGGACUAACAAUGAGGCAAAUCCGGUUCCGGUUUGAUGGACAGCCCAUUAAUGAGACAGACACGCCCGCACAGUUGGAGAUGGAAGAUGAAGACACAAUCGACGUUUUCCAGCAACAGACAGGAGGCUUCAUCUGAGUGCACCAACUUUUGCCCUUCCCGCCUCUCUUUCCCUUUCUCCGCCAUUCUCUUUCUUCCCCUCUCUCUCUCUCUCUCUCUCUCUCUCUCACUCUCACUCUAUCGUUCUCUACUUCUCUGUGCUAUUAUCCACUUCCUUCACUCUUCUUAAUGGCCACUGUUGUAUAGUGUUUUAUUCUGUUUCCUUCCUGCUCUUUUUUUGUACAUAAAUAAUUUCCUCCACACGAAAAAUAUGAAGCUGGCAGUGUUGAAUGCUGUGAGAUGUAAAACAUGUUGAGCCUCGGCCAUUCAGACGAGGUAAUUCCAAAAACUCCCCUGAAGAUCAGUCUGAGGCCCAGCUCUGUCUGUCUGUCGCAGGUUUCAGCUGCUAAGCUACAGGUGAUCAGGGAGAAUGUUUUUUUGUUUGUUUGUUUCACCACAUUUACCCAAAUGCUUUACACCAAACAUGAGUAAGGCAAUGAGGCAAGGUACAGAGCAUCAGUAAAUCAGAUACUGUAGUGAUACAGUUGUGUAUACACCCAUACACCCACCAUUAUACUGCUUUACUUUGGCUCAGGCUCAUUUAGUGCAGGCUUUCAGCACGUCUCUGUGUAGUGCUCUCCAUCUAAAUUCCACAUAGCCUGUUUUACGUUUUACUUCUCAGGAUUUUACCAUGUUUUAAAGAUACUACAAAGCUGUAUUCAUUGAUUAGUGAGCUAAUUAGGUAGAACUGAGAGGGAAUUCCACUGAAAUGUCACAUAUUGGUGUAAGCAAAGUUGUUCAGAAUGGGCUUUUGGUGUGUGUGUAUCUAUAAAUGUAAUAUAAACCGACGCAUCACCAAAGCCACAAAUGAACCUACUGAGAUAAAUGUAAAAUAGUGGCAAAUCUGGGGAAAAAAACUUUCUUUGGAAAUUAUGUAAUCUACUUUUGUCAUAAAUUGAUGAACAGUCACCUAUAAGGUGAACUACCUUAUAGUUCACUAAUCCACAGAUCCAUACUGUAAUCCACAUUUCUAGAAGAUAAGGUUUGCAGAUCAGUCAGUUUUACAUUUUUUAGUAAUAUUCUUGGUUUGGAAUGAGGUAAAAUAUAUGUACCAUGUUACCUGUGUGAAGCUGGGUUAUGGAGCAGGGUUGCUGUCCACAUUCACUAAAUAGUAAUAAUAAUAAUAAUAUUCUUCUUUUUCUUCUUCUUCUUCUUCUUCUUCUUCUUCUUUUUCUUCUUCUUAUUAUUAUUAUUAUUAUUAUUAUUAUUAUUAUUAUUAUUAUUAUUAAAUAUAAUCAGCUUCACUUUCUGUUGAUGACAAAUUGGCAUUUUAUCUAUUUUUAAAAUGUAGUAGUUGUGUUAGAUGAGUGAGAAUAUCCCAGCUGAAAAUCCCAGCUCAAGACCAGCUUUUUCACUGGUAGCUGGUUUCAGAUGGUUGUCCAGGUGGGCAACAUAACCUGUACUGGUAAUCUAGCUGAUUAACCAGUUUCUGACCAGUAGUUCUAAUAUUCUUAAUUUUGGCCAUGCAUGGUUAUACUGGUGUCUAGCAUGGUCAUGUUCAUUAUGCUUUUAGACCAGCUAAACCAACAAAAUCAACCAUAAACAUUUCCUCGAUAGCAAAGAACACUAAAUACAUGUUGCAUUACAUCUUUUAAUGUUGAGGAUGGGGAAACAACCUGUACACAACCUUUUCUAUAUUAACAUUCUCUCAUAGGCAUAGGCUAGUAUUUAAAUUUUGACAUUGAAUUAGCAUUUAUUUAAAGAAUUUAAAUUGAUGGGUCUCUUCUACAUUUUUCUGAUACACAAUGGUUUUGAAGAAAGCUGCUCUUUUCAAAUAGUAAUAAUAAUAAUAAGAAUACUAAUUAUUAUUAUUUAAAUAUAUAUUUCUACACUGCAAAAGCACAACACAACAUAUAACAAUAGAAUACAAAUGUAAGUGAAGGUUAAUACAAACAGUACAUAUAAGCCAGAACAUAUAAUCACUGUAAAGUGAACAUUGGUUUAACAUACUUUUGCUAUCUGGCAACCAGUUUAACCAGCUUAACCAGCUUGAGCUGACCAUGCUGUUUUUAUUUAAUAUUUUUUCAGCUGGGAUAUAAUAAGUAGGCUAUAUGAAUAACGACAUCCUGAUAUGUUUCAGUCAAGUCAAGCAUCUGUAUUGUCUAAUGAAUCACUUGUUAAAAUAAAAAAUAUGCUCUUUUUAUCAUA